AUGCUGCACUGCAUGAUACCCAAAGCUAAUCCAUUGGGCACAAGGACGUUGAGCGCGCCAGCCACUACAGAGGGUGGACCAGCCACUACAGAGGGUGGACCAGCCACUACAGAGGGUGGACCAGCCACUACAGAGGGUGGACCAGCCACUACAGAGGGUGGACCAGCCGCUACAGAGGGUGGACCAGCCACUACAGAGGGUGGACCAGCCACUACAGAGGGUGGACCAGCCACUACAGAGGGUGGACCAGCCACUACAGAGGGUGGACCAGCCACUACAGAGGGUGGACCAGCCACUACAGAGGGUGGACCAGCCACUACAGAGGGUGGACCAGCCACUACAGAGGGUGGACCAGCCACUACAGAGGGUGGACUAGCCACUACAGAGGGUGGACCAGCCACUACAGAGGGUGGACUAGCCACUACAGAGGGUGGACCAGCCACUACAGAGGGUGGACUAGCCACUACAGAGGGUGGACCAGACACCACAGAAGAUGAGGGUGCUAUGCCAGCCACUACAGAGGUUGGGCCCACCCCUGCCUCUCACCGCCAACUCCCCUGCGACCCCAGCCAAGCUCACGUCACAGCUGCACUGCCCACGAUUCCCCACCAUACAGCUUCGCCUGAUGAAGCCACAGCCUCCCCCAUGCGGAACCUUUCUGGAGGAGAGAGAGACGGGAGGCUGAUACAGGCAGCUAAGCAGGGGGCGGUGGAGGUGUUGCAGGCGCUCCUUGCGAUGGGCGCAGACGUGGGGGCGAGAGACGAGAACUGGAGUGGAUGGACCGCCCUCCACUGGGCAGCUUACUGGGGAGAUGCGGAGGCGGUGAGGUGCCUGGUAGAUGGCGGGGCCCAAGUGGACGCCAGAGACCACAGGAAGAUCGCGCCUCUGCAUCUGGCUGCAUUCAAUGGCCACACGGCCGUGGUACAGAUGCUCCUGGCGUCCUCUGCUGAUCCCAACUGCAGGCACCAUUGGGGAGGAACACCUCUGCAUGGGGCAGCAUACAGUGGCCACGCAGACGUGGUGGCUGUGUUGCUGGAGGCAGGAACUGAGAUGCGAGCCAGAGACAACAUGGGGAAGACCUCCCUGGACUACGCCAGGCUGAAUAAACACCAGCACCUGGAAGAGAUGCUGUCUUGA